AUGUCUUCCCGUCGUCGUCCGCUGCAUCGGAAUCCGGCGGCGCAAUCAUGGACAGCCGUCGCUCCCGAGCCCGCCGAGGAGAUGGCCGUUGAAAAGUUCCAUCUCCAGUUCCCCGGGGGCCCGACGAGGCUGCUUCCGCUCGAGGACCUGGCUCGGGAACUUGGCGUCGCCGCCGUCUACCUCAAGGACGAGACCUGCCGCUUUGGCCUGCCGUCCUUCAAGAUGCUCGGCGCUUCCUGGGCCGCAUUUCGCGCCCUCGUCGAGCGGCUGCGGCUCCCCACGGACACCUCCCUUGCCGUCCUGAGCGAGACGCUGGCCCGCAAGCCCGUCACGCUCUGCGCCGCGAGCAAGGGAAACCACGGAAGGGCGGUUGCGCGCAUGGGCGCCUUGCUCGCCGUUCCCGUCGUAAUCUACGUCUCGUCCGACACGCACAGGUCGACGGUGGCCAGCCUCGAGAGCGAAGGCGCCAAGGUGGUCGUCGGAAAGGGCACGUACGACGAUGCCCUCGAGAGCGCCCGGCGAACGGCCGAGGAAAACCGCUGGCUCCUGAUCCAGGACUUUGCCUUUGACGAGCACCGAGACAUGCUCGAGUGGAUCAUCGACGGCUACCGGACCAUGAUGCGCGAGAUAGACGGCCAGCUUGGCCCCGUCUCCCCAACCCUCGUCGUCUCCCCGGCCGGCGUCGGCUCCCUCGCCCAAGCCGCCGUCUCCCACUUCAAGCAGGCAGGACGGCGGACUAGGGUGAUGACGGUCGAGCCCGACACGGCCGCCUGCAUCUACAAGAGCCUGCGACGGAACGAGCUCGUGUCGGUUGCGACCGGCGCCUCCGUCAUGGCGGGCCUGGAUUGCGGAACCCCCUCUUCCACCGCCUGGCCCACGCUCCGGUCCGGCGUCGACGCGAGCGUCACCGUGUCGGACUACGAGUCCCACGAGGCCAUCGAGUACCUCAAGACCCGAGGCGUCUUCGCGGGGCCUUGCGCCGGCGCGCCUCUCGCCGCCCUUUGUCGACUCGACGCCAAGGACAAGGCCGCCCUGAGCCUCGACGGCAACUCAACCAUUGUCGUGCUCUGCACCGAAGGCACGAGGGAAUACGACACGCCCAUGGACGUGUCCAUGGACGAUGCCGUCGGCCUGACCCAGGCACUCGCCCGUGUCGGCUCCGGCAACCCCUCUCGAGGCUCCGCGCCAGGACCGGGCGAGACGGAGAUGGCGCGUUACAUUGCGGCAUGGCUCGAGCAUCGCGACAUCGAGACGCACUGGAUUGAGCAUGCGAAAGGCCAUCCCUCCAUCGUCGCUCGAAUCCCCGGUUCCGGCGCUGACAGGAGUUUCAUGCUCGGCGGCCGCAUCGAUACCGUCACAACCCUCGGCUACGGUGGAGACGCCUUCGACGGUAGCAUCCAGGACGGCGAGCUCCACGGUAGAGGCGCGAUGGGUGUGGAAAGUAGUCUUGCCGCCGCCCUGGUGGCCCUAGCCGACGCGAAGAUGCAAAACCAAGCCGGUCAUGUCAUUUUCGCCACCGUCGACGACGAGGAGGGCAUGAGCAUCGGCACCGAGAUGAUCCUCGGCCCAGGUUGGCGCCCCGACGCUGCCAUCACCAACGACCCGACCUGCGAGUCCAUCGUCCACGCCCACACGGCCUCGAUCGGCUCGAGCCAAGGACUUCAAAUGCGAUCCAAGGCCCAUCUUCCACCGUCCCGCAUCUCCAUCGAGCUUCACGAACCAUUCGACUCUCUGGUGGGGAGAGCUGUCGGUGAAGCUGUCGGCUCCAAGCCAGAAUUCGUCAGACAAUCCUUUUUUGACGAGCUGUGCCCUGCUUGCCGCCAAGGGCAAAACGGUCCUCCUUUGGCGACCCAAGGGCGAGGGCCUGUCCACAAGGAGGAAUGGGAGGAUGCUGCCUCGUCGGAGCGCGUGGCAGAUGGACUUGGGGUGCGUAGCAAGCUAGUUUUGUGCAAAGCAACAAUGAAGCAGCGUACGCAACCAGCGUACGUGCCAAUGAAAAACGACGCGCAUGAGCGGCAGCUACGCUUCCACCUUGGACAAGUGCUCAAGCUGUGA